GCCACCUCGGUUUUACCUUUUUUUCUUCUCCCCCUGGGCCUGGCCUGGCCUACCCUAGCCUAGCCUUGGCUUACCCGCUGGAUACUACGUGCUAUCGAAUACCCGCCGGUUUACCUGCGACCUUUGAAAGAAGGCCCGGAAGCGAUGUGGAAACUCCAUCAUCAAUCGGCUCGCCCCCUUCUCCCCAAAACACCCCCCUGGUUUCGCCUGUGUCUGCAUCGCAUGCUAGGUGGGGCCUUACAUAACGUGCAAGGGCAAAGGAUACAGACGGUUUCUAUCUUGCGGACCAGAACCUGUGUCGUGGAGAUUAGGAUGUGGGCGGUCGGGGUUGGAAAUGGAAAUGGAAAGGCCCGGGAGGAUCAGGCGGUAGAAGGAGGAUGGGGGGAUGCUAGUCACGGGCUGUCCAAGACGGGGGGUCAAGAGAACCCCGGAAAUGCUCUUUUUGAUCUGAUUUCUCGGGUCCUUGAUGUGUAUGAACUUUUGUCCUUUAUUUUUUUUUUCUCUCUUGCUGCUUGUUUGUUGCUCGUGUUGGAAUCUGUAUGCAUUUUCUAUUUGCUUCAUAUGGUUUUUUUUUUUUUUUUUUUGGCUCUUGCGAUCGAAUAUUUAUACUUACAGGGCGAUACCCAGAAUGGCGGAUUAUUACUACUGAACCAAAAUCCUCUUCCUGGCUUGUUCCAGACGGGGUUGCUUCUACCUGCUUUCCGCCGCCUACCUGACUAGUACAUGGUAACGCUAUAUAACGUAGAUCUGCUGGUGUUCUGAUGUGUUCCAACAGAAAGUCCUGGUUUUGCCCAUGCAUUGAGAGACAUGGCACAUGGCU